GUGACCCCCCGUGACCCUGCCUUCGGCCGGUACUCCAAAAGGACAAGAGACGGAAGGUGGUGGUGGUGGCGGAGGUGGUGUUGAUUGUGUCGUGGGGGUUAAAUGGUGUUGAUAACUGAGGACCUGAACGGAGGGUUAAAGGUCACACAGAAUGGAACGGCCGGAGGUGCCAAAAUGGCCAUCGGAACCCCCAUCAUGUCAAUCGACAGGGAAGAGGAAGAGUCGGACGACAGCGAGUGCGGCGGAGGCGGUAGCGGUAGCGAUGGCGACUCCGAGGACUCGCGGAACUACUGGGAGGACGACGACGACGACGUGUACCAGGAGUUCGAGGAGCUGGACUUCGAGUCCCUGCCCGACCGGUCGGACGCGUGGAGCACCCUCUCCGACGACUCCUUCUACCCGCCGGACGACGCACUGGCGUCGGGCCUGCAGUGCCUGGCGAGACCGGGCAGCCCCGAGCCCAUCUCGCUGUUCAAGGCGUGCGGCAACAACAACCCCGUCAUCGUCAAGAUCCUGAUCCGGCAGGGCGUGUCCGAGGAGGAGGUCAGGGAGACGGACAGGAACCGCAGAACUGGGCUGAUUAUAGCGUGUUACCAAGGUUACGUGGACGUGGUCAUCGCUCUGGCCCAGUGCCCGUACCUCGACGUCAACUGGCAGGACAACGAGGGCAACACGGCACUCAUAACAGCGGUGCAAGCAGGGCACCUCAUGAUCUCCAACCACCUGCUCAACUACUUCCCCAGGCUGGACAUCGAGAGGAGGAACUGCCACGGGUUCACGGCCCUGAUGAAGGCCGCCAUGCAGGGCCGGGCGGAGUGUGUCAGGGCGCUGAUGAUGGCCGGCGGGGACAUGGAGGCCAGGGACUACAGCCGCCAGCAGACACCCAUGGAGUGGGCUCUGUUCACGGGCCGCUACGAGACGUCUUUCCUCAUGGAGAGGCUGAUGGCACAGCCCUGCGCAGAGCAGUUCUGCAACAACUUCUCCUUGGAAUGGCCCAUGCUUGAGGAGCUGGUGGACCGAUCCCAGGAGCCCAAGACCUGCUGGGGCCGCCUCGGCGACCUGCUGAACUGCUGCCCCGUCACCCUGCACCUCAGCAACAAGGUGAACCCGGUGGACGACGGCGUCCUGGACCACAUGGUGCGCGUCACCACCAGCCUGCUCAGCCCCCUCAUCGCCACCGCCUGCCACACCGUGUGCCCCGGCAGCCCGCCCUGCGUGGGCAAGCGCCGCUUCGCCGUGCCGGAGAUCCUCCGCCGGCAGCGCGUGGACCAGCUGCGGCAGCUGGGGCCCGGGAGGCACGACAACUACCAGCGGCUCUUACAGAACUCCCGGGUGCUCCUGGUGCCCUCGGCCCAGGGCCGGCGGGCCAGCCUGCAGCCCCAGCUCCUCCGGGAGGUGGCGGCCGUCUCCUCGGUGGCCAUGCGGAGGGCCAGCCUGCUGCCGCUGCACAUGAUGAGGCGGAGCAGCGUGAGGCCGGGCCCCGUGGUGCCCAAGGUGAGGCUGUGCAAGGCCCCGUCGCCCUCCUACGUGCCGGAGGCGACCGGGUGCCGCCGCGACGACCCCGCCCACCUGCAGAUCCCCAAGUGGAAGUACAAGAAGAAGGCGGAGGGGAGCAAGGAGCAGGAGGCGGCGAGGCAGCAGGUGUUUCCUCUGACCAAGAGGAAGUGAGAGCAACGGGGAGGAGGAGGGAGAGGAGGUGGGAGAUGAAGUAGGGGAUGCUGCCUCAUGGGACGUACGGGUCAAAGGGCGUUGUUGGAGGUGGGACAAUUUUGGAAAAUGUAUGCGAGGAACCAAAAUGGAAGUUUAAGCACGCUGGAAUUAACUUGGAAGUUAGGAAUGAGCUAAACAGCUACGUGGAAUUAGCCUGAUGCUAAAGAGCGAGCUAGUCACUUGACCAAUGGAGCGCUACAUGAGCAGGGAAAGAUGUCUUCCAUCUAUAAAGGAAAAUAAAAGGGCCAGAGAGAGAGCGAGGAUAGAGAGGGGUACGGGGUGGGUGCACAAUAAAUGUAUGCCCACUAGGCAAAGCGCCAGCCGGCUUGUUCCCGGAGGGGUUAGGAGUUUCGUUGUCUUGGUAACAUUGACGCUCCAGCCAGGAAGUAUAAAACCCUUUAUUGCCCAGACAAGCUGCCCUGCCUCCUGAACCACUGCAUCUCUCAGCAUUACAGGAGUGAGGACGGUAAGGAACAUAAAAAGCCCAGAUAAAACGAAGGCAAGAUAGAGGUAAAUAGAUAUGUCAAUUGGAAAACUCUUGCACUAAGCAGCUUACAAUGCAACACCUUUUUUACUAAGUGCACUGCCUGUACCACUCACAUUACAGCAGCAACACCGUUUGGAUGAGCGAGUCUCUCCAAUUCAACAGAAGUAUAGAGAUAAAAGACAAAACGAAGAGGAAGAAAUGGAGAUUUCCUGAAGAAGACAUUGUUUUGCCCAAACAUGAUUGAAUUUAGGCUGAACAGAUGGCCACUGGAAAAGCCCGGGAUUGAUACUGGGAUAGACAAUGAAGUGGGUUUCUUUGGCGAAGAAAUACUGCAAAAGGGCUUUUUAAUCGAGUGCGAUUUCUGACAUUUCCGCUGGGAAUCUCAAGCCUGCUUUCGUAUAAUGGCUAUGCAAAUCGUUUGCCACACAGGACAAAACAUAAUUAAAAAGUGUCUCUUAGUGCCUGUUUACUGCAGUGCAUUCAGACUUGAUGCCAUUAAAGGCAGAUUAUGUUGAGUUAAGUCUGAACACACCUGAUCACCUCUCAGCCGCCUAUUGAAAUAUUCUAGAAGAUGGCUCAAUAUUUGUUCUGUGGAAGGCGUGAUCUAAAGCUGUAGUUGCAAUUCGUACCAACAGGGUCGACAUUCUACAAUGCACAUUUUUUUUCUUCAACAAAGCAUUCAUUUUAAUUAAUGAGAAGGGAUAAUGAUACACUCAUGUGAGACGGGAAGCUCAGGUUUUCUCUGUUAUCAAAAUAAAAAAAUGUUCUAUUCUUUGAAUGGUUGGUCAGGUCCCAUUGCAGAUUUCAAUAUAUAUAUAUAAAUCAUUUGAUUAGACAGAAUGUGUAUAGGCCUACUGAAAUACAUAAUUCUACAUGCAAGUCAUUAAUAAGACCUUCAUUCAGUCAUUCACAGGGCUACUAAAUAUGAUUGUACUUGUUUUUUUCUAAAGAUAAGGAGGAUUUCGAUUUCUGAUUUUGUUACUUAUUUGUCUAAUGUUUAAGAUCAAAGGGUCAAUAGAGAGAUGCAUAGGCCUAGAUAAUGUAGGCCUACAUGUAUAGCUUUGAUGAUUACAUGUAUAUUCUGCAAAAGAACGUUUCUUCCCGCUCGUUUGUAAUCAAUUCAUCCUCAAAUUCAGAUUUUCUUCAAUUUCUUUAUUUUUACAACGUGUAAGGACUUGAGAGUUCAAACUCUAAAUGUCAAUGUGGCAAAAGGCGUCUGCUCUCUUUUCCGGAGUGUCACGCAAGCUGUUUAGUCCCAAGAGAAUCGGGAACGUGAAUGAAUGGAAGCAUCAGUCAUUUGCUCUUGGAUGUUGUCUCAUUUCUGUUUGCCGUUAUUCUGGUUUCUCUGUGGUGUUAUAAAUAUCGCCUUGGUGAACCUGCCAUCCAUGUCCAUUCAACUUACCUUUUCAGUCAACACCACACCACACUAGAACUAACUCGAUGGUGGCUAUUAUGAUGCACUCCCAGAACAAAGGUACAAAGUUUUUUAUUUUACUAAUCAGAGGGCUUAAAAAAAAAUAAAAAAUUUGACCCGUGACAUAUCUCAAAGUAUACAUUUUUCGACCAAUCAGAUUGCUCAAAAAUGUUUGAAUUCUUUUCGACCAAUGACAUCACUCGAAAAUAAAUAGAGCGAUAGUUUACCGAUUAGCAACGUUUAUAUCGGUGCAUCGACCGAUUCUUGGUCAUUUUGAAAUCGAUUCAGGGACCCACUUAUCGAUGUAGUUUCAUCUGUAUUUAAUCUAAAGGGUAACCGAUUGAAAUCUGUGAAUUUAAACCCACAGGAUUUACCCCCUAUUUACCUUGUUUUAGCCCAAAUCUUACCAUAUUUUUUUUUUAUAUGUAAGACUUAAGACUCAACUCUUAAUAGCUUUUUGCAUGGUGGAAUGUAUGCAUUCCUUCCAGCUCAUUCCUUGUUAAGGGCCAUAUAGUUUACAAAUGUAGUUGUUCCACUAUCCACUAGAGGGCACUGAUUCACAUGUAGAGUGCUUCAACUGACCGUUGAACUGCUGUUCCUAUGCUUUCGCAACGGAAUAAACACUGAGGCAAUUUUGAAAAGAGAAGGAUUAUCCAACGACUUUCCAAGUAAGUUAAAUAUAAAAUAUGAAAUGUCUCUCUACCCAUUAAAACCUCUCCUCAUCUUCUGCCUGAGAAAUUGUGGCAUAACCUCAAUUUGAGGACCAUAGAUGACUUGUGAAUGUAGGCGAAUUCCUUUCAUCUUCGUAUAGAAGAAGGGAGGCCAAGGUCACACAGAACAUGAGCGAGAGCAACUGUCACGACUGCUUUAUUUCAAUCCAGGUCAGAGUGUUAUGGGUUGGUCGCAUACCAGGAAACAGCUGAAAAUCAUCUUUGGCAACGCAAAAUAACAACUCCCGAAAGCCGAGACCCGUCUUCCAUGGUCCGUUACAUUUUUUUGUGUGUGGAUCUGUUGCAAUCAGUUUGAGGCAAUAAAAAGAUUAAACAAGUUUUUGUAUCUCUUUAAAACACAUUUUUUUUGUCAUCUAGCAACAACAAAAAGAAAAACGCCUCCCUUCCCAUUCCAUACAGGUCCUGCAGGGUCUCCAUACUGGCGGAUCACAAAGACAAACGGUACGCCGCCAGUAUCCGGAUGCUCGCUAACAUGUAAGAUAUGUCUGUUUCUCAAUCAGUGUUUGUGUGUUGUUAAGGUUUUUCUCUGGAUCAUCGCGUCAUCGUUAUUUCAUUUCAAGCAUCGGAAAAUGGACCGCUACUAAGACUUCUAAACAGCUGCAGGUUGGGCAGACCAGGGACCGACGUUGUCGUCACAAACCUUCGUGGAACAUAUUUGUUCGCGAUUUACAUCCACACGCUUAUGCCACAUCAAGGCCAACGUGACAGGAUGUAAGUAGCGAAAAAUUGUACGAAAAAAACGUUCUUUCUUUGAAAAGUUUAUUAGUCACGUUGAUAAUGUUUGGCAGCUAUACCUAAUCUAUGCAAACAAACAAACAAAUAAACUUAACAUUCUGUGUACAGUUAGAAAAAUUAACACCGUAAAAAAAAAGACAUAAACAUCGCCACUUUCCGUUUGUUUCAGCAGGGACAACCUGAUAACUCUCGGAACCUGGUCUGGUCCAGCACUCAGCCACAACAUUACCCCACAAAGUCAACAUCUUUAGUGUGAAGAGCAGAAGGUAAAACGUGAAAAAAAGUCGUCCUACAUGGGAGUUCUCGUUUUUUUCAUCAUAAUGUUGAUGCUAUAAGUGACAUCCACGUCUGCACGUAAAAAGUAUAUAUUUAUAUUUAUAUAAUAUAUAUCCAUACUCUAUUAACAGCUUUGUCUACCAGGAAACUUAUAAUCGCCACCCAUCUUUGAGAAAGGAAACUAAAUGAAGAACUUCAAACAUUGAAUAUUUUACAACA